ACAGUGAGGCAAAACACGUCAACGUGAGGAGGUCAGACAUAGCCAGUCCUCCCCCCUGAACAGGUCCAGCCCUGGAAAUAAUUUAUUACAAUACAGAAAAAUAAACUAGUUUCCCGUUUUCAGAAGGACGAGACGCUAAAGCUCGUGCUGCGACAUCAACCUUUAGCUUCGGAAAGCGGUUAGCUUCCCGAGCUAACGCCAGCUAGCCGGAGUAGCUGUUACCUGCUGUGGAUUGUACGCAGCUGACCUCGAACAGAGAGCCGCUUGUUCUGUCGUUAGGGGCGGCUCUGCCCCUUCACCCCCGGCCUGACACCCUCAGCUCCCUCCGUUGCUAAGCGGCGCCCUGCGGACGGUCCCCGAAUAUGAUCUACAAUGAGUCAGAGAGAUACUUUAGUUCACCUGUUUGCUGGAGGAUGUGGGGGCACGGUUGGAGCCAUAGUGACGUGUCCGCUGGAAGUGGUAAAGACUCGUCUCCAGUCGUCCUCCAUCACCCUCUAUGUGUCUGAGGUUCAGAUAAAUACCGUCAAUGGGACCAGCGUGGCCCGCAUGUCUCCACCAGGACCCCUGCACUGCCUCAAGUUGAUUCUGAAGAAAGAAGGCGCUCGAUCUCUCUUCAGAGGCCUGGGGCCGAAUUUAGUGGGCGUGGCACCUUCCAGGGCUAUCUACUUCGCCGCUUAUUCCACCGCCAAAGAGAAGCUGAACGGCGUCCUGGAACCGGACUCCACGCAGGUGCACAUGCUGUCGGCUGGGAUGGCAGGUUUCACCGCCAUCACAGCUACAAAUCCAAUAUGGCUCAUAAAGACGCGCCUACAGUUGGAUGCAAGGAACCGAGGGGAGCGAAGGAUGAGCGCGUUGGAUUGCGUCCGUCGUGUUUAUAAAGCGGACGGCCUGCGGGGCUUCUAUAGGGGAAUGUCUGCGUCCUACGCCGGCAUCUCAGAGACUGUGAUCCACUUUGUUAUCUAUGAAAACAUUAAGCGGCGCCUCCUGGUGGCCAAAACGCCACAGAACAUGGAGGAGGAAGAGGAUGCAUCAAAAGACGCUUGGGACUUUUUCGGGAUGAUGCUCGCCGCCGCCACUUCUAAGACUUGUGCCACAUCUAUUGCUUAUCCUCAUGAGGUAAUCCGCACCAGGCUACGAGAGGAGGGCACCAAGUAUUGCUCCUUUUUCCAGACUCUAACCACAGUUCCCAGAGAGGAGGGCUACCGGGCCCUGUACCGCGGCCUCACCACCCACCUGGUACGCCAGAUCCCCAACACCGCCAUCAUGAUGUGCACCUAUGAGCUGGUGGUCUACCUCCUGAACGGUUAAAAGCCUGCCGCCGAUUAGAGAAGAGAAGAACACGGGAUCACCCGCACACCAGUUAGCACCGCUAACAAUCCGCUGGAUGGGAAUGGGAAGAGACGGCGCCUCAGGCUCAUUAGCAAGGCCAAAGGAAUCGGCAGGAGGAAGCUCCUCUUCAUCAUGGAUCAGUUUGCAUUUCCGUUCUGCCCUUUUUUUUCUCUGCUAAUUCAGUUUAGAGUUCAGAAGGAAGAAUCGGGUUUACCUACGAGUCGUUGGGAUCUCCUGUAAAGGCGUCCUAACGAGUCUUUAAUCGCGUUAGCGUAUCCUAACACUGAAACCAUGGAAAAAACCUUUGUUUUUACUACAGUUACUCAUCAGCAUUCAGGAUUAUUUUUAAAUAAAAACACGUGUGGCACAGUUAUUGGUAAUGAUUUACGCAACCCCCCCCC